AUGAAAAGGCAAGAGUACCCAGAAGACUAUGAUCCAGACGCGCCGCGGAGCAGGGCAUCUUCUAGAAGGAACUCAGCCUCCUCCCGCAGGAACAGCGUGAAGAAGGAAAGAGAAGGAAAAAAGAAGAGUCCCCUCAAUACUGCUCCUUCUUCUACUAACUCCACUCCUAAGAAGCAAAUCAAACCACCGACCUUGGAUUUCUGCGUUACAGGAAAGCAGUUGUUAAAAAACUGGGGGGCUUAUGAAAAGACGAAUUAUUUCGAUUUGCCCAAUUUGAGUACUCUUGGUUUAAAAUAUGAAGAUAUUGACGAAUUGACAACUGUUAAAGCGUACUUCAGCGCUAUGGAAGGCCAUACGAAAGCAGUUACAAAUGCUGACAUCAAAGAGAUAUACUUGAAUGAGUAUAUUGUUAAGUGCUUCUUGUUUUUGUUUUUUGUUUGCUGUUUCUUUGUCAACAGAAGCGACCGCGCGAACUCGUUACCAGUUUACCAGAGGCGGCCCUCCGCCGACCUGAAGAGGAAGGAUACGUCUAAAGCUGGACCUGGCAGCAGGGACACCUCUCUCGAAGACGAAACUUCACUGGAUCUGUCACAGGUAUCAGACUUCGAGGACACGAACUCGAAAUAUGGUGUCCAGAGGAAGUCCUCUCCUCUAGCGACGUCCACCCCCAAAGUAACACCCAGAACGGUGCAGAAGGGACGCAGUGGGUCGCUGCAGAAUCAACUUCUACAAAAGAUGGAGACGAGAAGGGCGCAGAAGACAGACAGUAGACAGAGUAUCAGCAACUUCUCUUGCAGUAGAGACAGCCUCUACAAGACCUCCUCCAGUACCAGCUAUAAAUACGGAGCCAGCACGGAGCUGGACUAUUCCUCAGUGUCCCCUGAGUAUUCAGGGCAGUCGUCCACCGAGCUGUCCCCGAGGAACUUCAGGGACGCUGAAAUGACAAUCUCGCCACGCAGCCAAGAGUUGCAUGUCUCCAGCUGCUGCGUCAGCACGUGGCAAGACUGCAGCGAAAACGAGACGAAGGUCGAGGAGUACAGGCGCGCCGAGAACGGGGAGUGGAACCACUUCUGGGCCAACUACAACAACUCAGUCUCCAAAGUCCCCAUGAAGAGUUACUACGAUCAAUGUCCCACGCCUUACAGGACUGAGAACAUCGAUUUGGCCGAUUUGGGAGAUGUUCCAAUGCAGUGCCCGACACCGUUCCGGACUGAAAAUGUAGACUUUGCUGAUAUAGAUUUCUCAGCAGCGGGCUCUAGAAAGCGAUCACCAGACAACGCAAGGAACCUGAACAACAUAAUAAGAAACGAGGGACUACAUUUAACACCCAGAGAGACACAGAAUAUAAUAAAAUGCGCCCAUAUCCUAGGAAAUGUACUCACUAAAGCAAUAGAAAGAAGAUCCAAAGAAAAAGACCAAGAUGAAGACAAAAUUCAAGAACUGGCUGUAAACAACGACCCUCAGCCAGACGAGAAAGAAAUUAAAAAGAAAACUUUGACGUUAGACCUGAAAGAGACAGCGAUACCUCUGGAAGUUAAAGAGGAAAAGAGAAGCGAGACUGUCACGACGCAAACUGACAUUUCGUUGCCAAAUACGAAAAGCGCACCGAGAAUUUUCGAGAAAAUUCUACGUCAGCUGUCAAAAACUUCGCUAGAAGAAAGUCUGGAGAAGAAAGACAAAGAAGAGAAGACGGAAAAUAAGGAAGAAGGCAAGAUCGAACAGAAUGAAACGGAUAAUAAAUAAGUGUUUGCAGGGAAUUGGAGGUUAAAAGUCCACAUUGUUGCAAUUCAUCUCAAAAAUCAAUAUUGCUUAUAGAUGAACUGCUUCAAUGUGGCCUUUUUAAUCCGCCAGGCCGGAUGACAACCCAGUCAAACGAGGUAUUCUUUACAAAACGUCAAAACGAGUAAUUUCCAUGUUUUUAUGAAAAUACUCAUUGUUACGUAAACUUUCAUUAAACUUCGUAGAAAAGUGAAUAAUAAAACUGGGUUGGAUCUAAUCAUUUUAGACUGGAUUCUGUUUUAACUUUAAAGAAAGAAUGAAAACAUUUAUUUCCAUAUUCAUUUCGAUUCCAUAUUCUCUGUAAACUGUAGAAAUUAUUUUUUAGGAUUUUACGCCCUGAUUUAAUAGAGUAAGAAAAUGUUGUCUGUCAUAU